AAGAUGGCGUCUGACGGAGAAUACGUUGUUUUGGUUAUUAUGGUUUCUUGGUCUUAAUUACAACGUCCAUGUGCACAUGUAUGUCGUUUAACGGAGUAAACGUCGUUAUUAAUUGUUUGUAUAGCGGAUACAUUAGUCUGAGUGCACUUUGACGUGCUAGCCUAGCCUGCUGGUUAGCUUAGCUUGUUAGCUGCUAAGAAAGACAGGCGGAAGUGAUCGACACAUCAAAGCAGAGAUCCAAUAUAAAGUAUUGUUAUUGGUAUUAUUGUGUGAACAUGUCUACAUUACAAAUGAUGUGAGUGUUGUAAUUGUUUGGGUCCGGAUACAUUAGUUUAAGCGCACCGUGUUGCUUCCCGUACUCGCUUAGCUUGCUAGUUAGCUUAGCUUGUUAGCUGCUAACAAAGAGAGGCGGAAGUGAUCAAAACACAUCGCUUAGUUGAGAUCAAGUGUGAGUGUAAAGUGUUGUGAUUGUGUGAAAAUGUGCGAAAGAACGAUAGCAGAGUACGAGGAGGAACUUUGUCCAACAAAAGAGGAGAAGGAGCGACAACAUCAACUACUGGACGCUGUUUUCAAGAAACAUCAAGUUGUGUUACACAGAACAGACAAAUGUGAAGAACAUCUUCUCCCUGAGCAGCAAGAGUGGAGCUUCAGGAUGGAGCAGGAGGAGCCACAGCCCUCUCGCAUUAAAGAGGAAGAUGAGGCGCCACGGUCCCUGCACAUUAAAGAGGAAGAAGAGAGCCCACUGAUCGUUAAAGAAGAAGAGGAGGCCCCACAGCCCCUUCACAUUAAAGACGAAGAGGAGGAACACAGCAUCAGUCAGGAGUUCCCAGUGAUUGUUGUCAUUGUGAAGAGUGAAGAUGAGGUCAAAAGUGAAAGUGAGGAGAAGAAAGAGGCGGAGCCUCCAAGCAGCAGCUCAACUCAACACAUGACAACAGAAGCUGAUGGAGACCACUGUGGAGGAUCACAAGCAGACAAGCUCUUAGCUCCACUAUCAGAUAGUGAGGACACAACGUCACACUCUCCUGACACUGAUGAUGAAGACUCUAAAGAUGAUAAGACAUGUCACACUGACAACACACACUUCACGUGUUCUCUCUGCGACAAAACCUUUAGAUACCGUUGUCGUCUGGUAAGACACAUGAAAACGCACACCGGAGAAAAACCUUUCACCUGCUCAGAAUGCGGUCAAAGGUUUGCACGGAAAAAUGAGUUAAAAGUACACACGAGAACACACACUGGGCAAAAACCUUUUUCUUGUUCAAUUUGCGGUAAAGAUUUUACCCGAAAGCACCAUUUGAAAACACACACGAGGAUACACACCGGAGAGAAACCUUUUUCCUGCUCCGAAUGUGGUAAACGUUUUGUAACUAAUAAAUAUUUAAGACUACACAUGAGAAGACACACUGGGGAAAAACCAUUCAUGUGUUCAAUUUGUAGUAGAAGAUUCACCCAGAAGGCAUAUUUAUUAAGACACACAAGAAUACACACCGGCGAAAAACCGUUUGUAUGUUCAGUUUGUGGUAAAGGUUUUAUACAAAGUCCGCAUUUGAACGCACACAUGAGAAUACACACAGGGGAGAAAGUGUUGAGUUGCAGUGUGUGUGGUGAAAGAUUCUCUUCUAAGUACCAGUGUAAGAAACACAAGUGUGCUGGUGAGAACAGCAGCAGCAAAUGAAGAUGCAGGAUUUGAAAUAAACUUUCUAACAACAUCAGCACAUAUAACAUGUGUGACAUCAUUGUUGUGUGUGUAACACAAUCUUGUUAAUAUGAUUCUAACAUUUAUAGAUUAGACACUUCAGGUUAGUGCUUUUAUUUCAGUCAAGUACAUGAGUUAAUAUACACAUUUGUGUACUUUAAAAUGAACAGAACAAUUUGGCUGAACAGGUGAGAAUAAACAGUACAUAAAAUAUGUUACAUACAGUAACAUUGUAUAUGUAGAUAUUCAUAAUUCACGUUAUACUUAUUCAUAAUAGUGUUUUUAUGGACGUUUCUUUAAAUAAUGAAGUUUUACAUAUUGUCAUUUCUAUUUGUGCAUGAUUCCAUAGAUGAACUCCUUUAUAUGAUAUACAUAUUUGUUUUACAUGUGUUCAUACCUUUGCUUUUGAGUACACAUAAAUCCCUCUUAGUUCAUAUUUACUGGUUCACAUCUGAAACAUCUUCUGGACCACUUCUGGAAGCUUAUUAUUAUUUACUUUAUACAUCAUUUGAACAGUUGUGUUUUAUACAUUUUUUAAAUGUGUGACUUUAUGAAUCAUUUGUUGGGUCUCUAUAAUCCAUUCUAUUAAUUGUCUUUAUUACUCUCUUGUGUAAUAUGAAUAUUGUUGUGUGAUUGUUUUAUAUGUAU